AUGUAUGACCAAAACACCCACCCGAACACGACCAAAGCACGACCCGAACACCUACCAACGGCUCGGAAGAACGUGCGAUUGACAUUCUUGGUAAACGGCUCCUCCACCGUCUUGAACAGGUCCUCGGGCCCAAAGCCAGCUGGUCGAAGCCUUCUCCUCCGCCAGGCAAUCGACCAACGCCCUUCCGAAAUUGUCCCACCGCGGCAGAAGCCUUAUUCACUAAUCUGUAAUGUCUCUCGCUGCCCCCUCCGCCCACAGGAGCGCGACCUGUACGUGUACAACGCCCUCAACCAGGUCUCGCUAUGGGGUCCUCAGGGACAAAUCACCGACUACGCCGUGAAGCAGUGGGCGGGGCAAGUGAGCGAUUACCUUCUGCCGCGGUGGGACAAGUUCGGAAGGGCGUUGGUCGAUUGCCUGGCGGAGGAGAAGGCCUUCGACCAGCUGGCUUUCGGCGAGGACCUGUUCAAGACGGUGGAGGAGCCGUUUACCAAGAAUGUCAAUCGCACGUUCUCUUCCGAGCCGAUUGGUGACAGCGUGGAGAUAGCAUUGAGACUCCACGCCAAAUACAGGCCUAUUUACGAUGCGAAGUUCCUUGGCUAUCUUGAAAUGAGGUACAGGCAACUACUGAAGAGAGAAGAGUGGAUGAAGAAGAAGAAAGAGGGAAAGAUAAGGAAAGGGAUGAUGAAGAAGACAAAGGGGAAGAGGAAGAAGGGGAAGGAAAUGAAGAGAAAGAGGGAGGAAAUGCUGGAUUCGUGGCGGGAAAACAGUGUCAAGGCGUUUGAGGAAUAAAGGAAGGAAGGAAGAGAGAGAGAGAGAGAGAGAGAGAGAGAGAGAGAGAGAGAGAGAGAGAGAGAGAGAGAGAGAGAGAGAGAGAGAGAGAGAGAGAGAGAGAGAAUGAGAA